UGGUCUAGUUAUGAGACAGCGCCAGUUAUGAGACAGUCAAUUAUUUCUGUCGUACGCUAUGGAAAUGUUGGUAUGAGAGCUGUCAAUGUUCUUUAUUUGAUGUCCGCCAGUUUUUAGGCGAACACCGAAGUGAAUAGACGCAUUGCUUGUAUACGCACCAAACAUCGUGUUGAAAAUCGUGUGAAAAAAGGAUUUGGAAUAUUUUUCAUAGUGCCAAUUUUUUGUGAAAAUCAAGUUAAAAAGCCAUGUCUCCUCCAAAAAAGGCUACGCCUAGUCGAAAUAAGGUGGUCGAAAAUUUUGAUGCGCUGUUGCAAGCCAUUAAAUUAUGUAUAGUGGAGAAGAAAGGUAUUCGAAGGACUGCCCAAGAACAUGGAAUAGAUAAGAGCACCUUACAGCGCUACGUGAAGAAAGUUGCAGACAAUUUUGAUGAUAUUGCAACAGUGACAGCCCUCUGAACUAUCCAGCUCGGUGUCACUAAUGUCUCUUGCAAGCAACACUUCGUCGGUUUUGGAUGCGGUUGGCCCUCUACAAGGCAAAACUCCAAAACCAAAGUCGAAUCGUGGACGAAAACCGAUGGAAAGUGCUGAAUUGACUUCUCCGGAAACCAUGUCCGUUUUGAAGCAAAAGGCACUUGCGAAAGCGCAAAAAGCAGCAGCGAAAGCGGAAAAGGCAGCAAAGAAAGCAACGCCAAAGAAGCCAACCCCUAAGAAAGCAGCACCGAAGAGAGCAACAUCAAAAGCAACACCACCGCCCAAGCGCCGUAGAACUGAAAAAUCACCACCGUCCGAUGAAGACACGGACUUCUGCAUCAUUUGUUUGACGCUGUUACCAAACAAAUUGACUGCUGAAAAUUCCAUCCAAUGCAACGUAUGCACGCGGCCAGUUCACUUGAAAUGCGCUGACAUGCGUGCAAGCUUCUUUACUUGCAAACACUGCGACAGUGACAUGGAACAAGAAGAAGAUGAGGAUUUCGAUGAUGAUGAUGAAUGAAAAUUGUUAUUUCCUUGUCAUGUAAGGCCAUUAAAGGCCCAAUUUUCUUUAUAUUAGCCAUUUAAGGCCUUUAUAAUAAAUAAAGAAUAAUAUUUGAACAUU